GAUUACAGAAUCACCCCAGUGACACGUUGCCAAAUUCAGCAGAAUGAGGGUCUGAGUCUUCUGGGUGGUGAUCUCUGAAAUUGCUCAGUGAGCACCCCUAAUUUUGCUGAUUUAUUGCUGAUAAUCACUCACAAUGGAAACCAAUCAAAAAUGCGGGGAUGGACUGACUGGUAUGCAGAAAGAGACUGCGCUGCGCGCUCUGAUCCAGCGCACAGGAUAUCAGAUACACCAGGAAAAUGGCCAGAGGAGAUAUGGUGGUCCACCUCCUGGCUGGGAAGGCCCACCUCCAGAGAGAGGCAGUGAGAUUUUUGUGGGAAAGCUUCCUCGAGACCUCUUUGAGGAUGAACUGGUGCCACUCUGUGAAAAAUUCGGCAAAAUUUUUGAAGUACGGAUGAUGAUGGACUUUAAUGGCAACAAUCGGGGCUAUGCAUUUGUUACCUUCUCCACAAAACAAGAGGCUAAGAAUGCCAUGAAACAACUGAACAACUAUGAAAUCCGGAAUGGACGACUUCUUGGUGUGUGUGCAAGUGUAGACAACUGUCGUCUAUUUGUCGGUGGCAUUCCAAAGACCAAAAAGAGAGAAGAGAUCCUGGCAGAGAUGAAGAAGGUGACGGAUGGUGUCAUGGAUGUCAUCGUUUAUCCAAGUGCUGCUGACAAGACCAAGAAUCGAGGUUUUGCAUUUGUCGAGUAUGAGAGCCAUAGAGCUGCUGCCAUGGCCAGGAGGAAACUGCUGCCAGGGAGAAUUCAGCUGUGGGGUCAUCCUAUUGCAGUUGACUGGGCUGAACCUGAAGUAGAGGUAGAUGAGGACACCAUGGCCACAGUGAAGAUCCUCUAUGUUCGUAAUCUGAUGUUGCCCACCACAGAGGAAACUAUAGAGAAAGAGUUUAACAGCAUCAAACAUGAUGCUGUUGAAAGGGUGAAGAAGAUCAGAGAUUACGCUUUUGUUCAUUUCUCUCAAAGAGAGGAUGCCAUCAAUGCCAUGAACGCUCUGAAUGGCAAGGUCAUUGAUGGCUCUCCCAUUGAGGUCACACUAGCCAAACCUGUGGAUAAGGACAGCUAUGUUCGGUACACCAGAGGCACUGGGGGUCGUGGUGGUACUCUGCUCCAAGGAGACUAUGCUUACACCGUUGGCCAAAUGUACGACCCCUCAGCAGCCUACCUAGGAGCACCAAUAUUCUACGCCCCCCAUGCAUACGCAGCCAUCCCUAAUCAGUUCCGCUUCCCCAGUACCAAAGGGCACAUAAGUACCAGGGGACUGGUGCGCUCCCCCUCUGUGAGAGACAUUUACAUGAAUGUACCUGUAGGGGCAGCGGGCAUACGUGGUUUGGGUGGGCGAGGAUACCUCGCCUAUGCAGGCGUGGGUCGUGGUAGCACCACGUACCAACUCAAGACAGACAAACACCCCGACGACAAACUUUAUGACCUUCUUCCUGGCAUGGAGCUCACGCCCAUGAACCCAGUCACUCUGAAGCCCCAAGGCAUCAAACACGCCCCACAGAUCUUGGAGGAUAUUUGCCAAAAGAAUAACUGGGGGCAACCUGUUUACCAGCUUCACUCUGCUAUUGGACCAGAUCAGAGGCAACUGUUCCUUUACAAAAUCACCAUCCCUGCUCUGGCUACUCAAUAUCCAAAUAUACAUCCGUUCACCCCCGCCAAGCUCUGCACAUCAAUGGAUGAGGCAAAGCUGCAUGCAGCCGAACACACGCUGCAGAUCCUUGGUAUUCAGACUGAGGGUGCUGAUGCUUCCGCUGCUGUGGCCGUAGCUGCUGCAUUCCCAGGUUAUACAAUUGCCAGCACCACUGCUACCCAGCUGAAACAGGCUGUUUCUCUGGGUCAGGACCUGACUGCCUAUGCAACCUAUGAGGGUUACCCUGCCUUUGCUGUGACAACCCGUGGAGAUGCAUAUGGAGUGUUUUAAAACCUUUAACUAACAGUCUAUGUAAUGUUAAUCUGUUCCAUGUAUUCUGUCGUGUUUCUAGGUUCAGUAGUGAUUGUUUAUUUAGAGUUAUGAUAACUUUAUUUCUUCCCAAGUGUUUUUGAGGAUUUUUGCAAUAUUGAAGAAUUUGAGUCAUAUUUUGACUUACCUCAGGAAGAGUGCUGCCUGAAGGCUGCCAACAUCUCAAUCCCAAACUUUCCAAACAUUUGACAAAGCUUCAAUUCCCUUGAUUUAAACAUAACUUGUUAUAAAUUGUGGUCAUCCAGAAUGGUGACCCCAUCAGAUUUGAAUUUAGAUUAUUAUUAUUUUUUUUAUAUAUAUAUAUAUAUCUAAAUUAGAGACAUUUAGGCUGGAGCCUUGUUCAAUGCUGCAUGCUGCCUUUGAACGACUGCCUUUAACAAUGAAUUAUUACAACUGAAUGUCAUUUCGAAACACAUAGUAAUAUCCCAUUGUGCUACAUGAUACAGACUUUUAUCCAGACAUUCACUGCGUCCGAAAUGGCAUACUUCCCUACUAUAUAGUAUGUGAAAAACAGUAUGUGAGCAGAGUAGUCCGAAUUCAUAGUAUUCGAAAAAGAGUAGGGAGAAGUACCCGGAUGACCUACUACGUCCGGCGUGAUUCUGAAGUGCGCAUAUGAUGGACACUUUAUCCCUUGUCCAAAUACUCACACUUGUGGUCUUGGCUACUUGAGAGCACGUGCGUGUGACAGGAAGUAAGUGCGCAAGACUGUCCCAGGUCUUAAAGUGGUCAUAUGAUGCUAUUUUAAAGU